AUGCCCAAGAUCAUUCGAGCAGAAGACCGUGCAAACAUCCGCCGCCGCAACGUCUUUGAUCCGGGAAACUUUUUCCAUCAAAUGAAACGAGCAGGAAGCAUGACCAAACCCCUCGAGCGCAACAUGACAUUUGAGCAGGCGGUCAAUCACUGUGCAUAUGAAAUGCUCAAGGUCAACGAUUCUUCCUCUUCAGUGCUCACCCCAUUCUCCACCCAGAUUCGCCUUGCCAACACGAAGCUCAAGUUCGAGAGCUUUGUCAACAACAAGUUUUGCGACAUCUUGGAGAUUGACAAGAAGCUCCAGGCCAGCGCAUCAACACGGAUGUUUGCUUCACUGGCACACAGCCGUGGAGUACCGGAGGAUCCGCUUGACUAUGAGGACGUUCCGCUGCUCAUCGAGCGGAUCUUGGUCUAUUUGACCUUCAGGACAAAUAUGACCAGGGGACACGGACCUGACGAGCCUGACAAUCCCUCUUUGGCCCACAUCACGAGCAAGACUCUGGUGGUCUGGCGCAACAAUCUGCAACUGGUGGUGCUGCAACACAUUCAACAAAAGCAGACUGUUGAUGAUGUGUCCAAGACGCUGACAAGAGUGUUUCAACACUUGGCAGACAGCCAAUCCGGGCUGAUCUGGAAGCUCAACAAUCAUGUGGCUUGGUUGAGAACCAACUUCCAGCUUGUCAGCCAUAAGAAGGCGAUCACUGCCAGAUAUGGGCUAAAUGAGGCGGACUUGCUCCUUGGUGAAUUUGUGAGCCGCAUGUACAAAGCAGCGGGGACAGUGGAGCAGAACAUCCAGCUCAUGGCCGCCACAGCCAUUUGCACGCUCUCUGGCCUCAGGAUCUGCUCUUUGUGCGCUGGUAAUCAUCCUGAGCGCGGCUGCUACCUCCAGACCAGCCACUUCUUUUUUGAGGCCUAUAGACCAGGCAAGUAUGCAAUGACCGUGCGCAUCACCCAGCUCAAAGGGUACCAUCUGCGUGACAAAAGCAAGAUCCUGCCUUGGUUUGAGCCAAUGCAGUUACCCAGGAAUGUGCACCUGCCUUGGCGGUGCCGUGCACUCAAGCAACAAGCGUGA